GGCGGACACCGGCUAACACGAGAGGGCCGCAACUUGGAAUUUUAAAAAAAUAUUUUUAAGUGUUUAGUGGACACCCUUUUUAUUUUAAUGACUACAACUAACACGUCCGCCCGCGGAGCUGAGCCAUGGACGGAGGGGAGCUGCGGGCUGGACGCAUGCAGAGCUUCUCUAAGCUGCCUGUGUGGAUCAUAGAGCAUGUCUGGACUCACAAGAUGAUGGAUAUACAACAAGUUUUGGACCUGUCCAGCUGGCCAGAUGUGGACUCCCAACCUCUGAGCCUGGAAGACUCGUGGAGGCUGCGCGUCGUCUCUGCUCAGGUCUAUUCCAUCAUAAAGAGCAGGGACCUGGAGCACUUUGAGAGGGUGAUAGGGUUUCUGGAAACCACGUACCGACUUCUACCCAGACUGGUUCCUGCCAUCAAACACAUGAAGAUCAUGUUUGGCCUCAAGACCAUGGUCAUUAUGUGGAUGCUCAAAGAGGGCCGGGGAAUGGUUGACACUGUGUCAAAAAUCGGCCAGUUCUUCCCGAGCAAACUCCCCGAGUACCAAGACCAGUGUAGCCAACGAGAAAUGUUCCUCAUGAGGAAGAACCACCUGGACUUUAGGACUCUGGCGCAAACACUUGCUAUGGACAAAGACAAACUUGAACAUUACAUUAAGAAUGACAUGGACGAGCAGUAUGGGGAACGGUAUGCCCAGAAAGUCGAGGACAGGCUGCUGCAUUAUCUCCACGAGCUGGAUGCUGUGUUACAAGGAGAUACCUACAUUGAUAAGAUCCUGAAGAAACAGAGCCCUGUGACUGAAGAGGAGAAGCUACUUUUAGAGGUGAUAAGCUCUGACUCCACCACCAUAGCUGCGACCCUGAAGAAGCUGCUGCACUGCGAUGCUGCUUCCUGUCGUCAGUCGUCGAUAUCUCGGUCGCCUCAACUCUUUAAGUCGGCUUUAAGCCAAACUAAUCCAGAUGUUCAUCCAGAGGAGGCUCCUCGCGACGUGUCCGAAGACGGCUUCAGUUUUUCGGACAGGAGCUCAGACGUUAGAGGACAUCAGCAACCAGAGGAGGAAGAUGAGGUGAACAAGAGAGCGGAGGAAGAGGGCAGUCAGGGAAGCAGCACAAGUGUUCAGGAGGCGGCCCCCACCCCUCAGUUCUGCUCCAAACACCAGCGAUGGGUGAAGAGCAUCCUGCGGGGAUGCUCGGAGGAGCUUCUCCUUCAGCCAAACGUUUCCUCAUCUCCCCUGCUCUUCCCGUCGUCGUCUUCUACUUCUUCAUCGCAGGACCUCACACCAUCUGACCUCAUCCCCUGUCCGUCCGAUCAGCCACCUUCGCAGACCCCCAGCCCUCCUCGGGCAGCAGUCCAAGCAUCCAGAACAGCAAAACCCAAAUACAGGCGCAGCUCCGGGUCACUCGGAUCCUCAGGCGACACCUCACAAGCACAAAUUCUGCCUCAGGCCUCGUCUGCUCGGGGCUCUCCGCUGCCUGCUCUGCUGUCACCGGUGGUCCGACUGGUGAACAUCGGCUCCUUCGAGACGAGCUGUAAACACCAGCAAGCAUCACCAAAGCAGCUUCUUCUGGCAGCUUCUUCCAGUUCGGAGAUGCUAAGUUCUCCACACCAUCACACCUCAGGACACGUAAAAGACAAAAACAGUUCAUCUCGCUCUGCCUGGUGUCAAACCCCGACUGAACAGAGAAAGCUCAGACGGGUCUGCAGUACCAACAGACACAAGGAGGAUUUGGAGGCAUUUGCUCAAACCCCCCAGCAGCUUGUUCAGGACCCAAGUACCUCUCAGAUGGGUGUUCCAGCCACAGCCAGUGACAUCAGUGUCUCUGGACCUCCUCAGAAAGGUGCUCAGUCAGAGAGUUUGUUCUCCGCCUGUGCUGCCAAUCAAAUCACACCAUCUUCCAAGUCAUCUAAAAAAGUCGUCCCUCGGAGCUCUCUUCGCCAUCGUCAGCCACAAAAGAACAGCAGACCUCGAUCAGGAACCGCCCAAUGCUCCUUCUCUGCCGCAGGCAGGGACAAAACCAGCCGAGGCCUCAGAGCUCAGCUGAGGCUAUCGCUGCCCAGUCAGGGUGUGCUGCUGCACUCCAAGCUGCUACAACCCUACGUGAGUCUUACCAGGCUGAGCUCUGAGCAGUGUCACCUAUCGACCCGAAGGAAAGCCUCAGCCGGGCCGGAAGAGCCCGUGGAGCAAGGCAGCGACGGCGAGGAAGGGAGGAUGCAAGAGGAGGAAGACUCUUCCUUCGAUGUGAACGCUCUUUACUCCACUGAUUCUUCAAGCAGUGACGGAGAGGAGUCACCUGACCGUGACCCUGAUUAUAGACCUCACAUCAAAAAGAAAAGACUUCUGUUAGAGUAUGAAAAUGCGAGAGUGCUCAGUCACGGUGACAGCAGUUGAACUAAUUUCUCCUACUCGAGUACUCGAGUUUUUAGAAUAUUUUUAGAUGCCGCGUGAAGAUACAGCCAUCAGUGCUCAUGAUCUGCCUGUUCUUGUGAGCCAACACGGUUCCUCUACGCUAACUGAAUGUAGAUGUGCAAAACACAGAACAUAGAAUUGUUUUAAAUAGAUUUGUCUCCCUAUUAAAAUGUGAAGAAGGUAGCACUCAAACACGUUCAACGGAAAGGAAAGAAAAGCUUCUUGUAAACGUUUGUAUGGUGCAGCUUUAUUGUAGCAGGUGUGUAUCGAGUGUUCGGGUUUAUCAUAACAGGUCUCUGAUUAUAUAAUUGAGAAUAAACAACACAGAGGGGAUCGUUGUGUUUUCGUAAUGUGUUUUGUUUGGCUCCGUCAGCAGGUCCAACGUUUCAGGACUUUUACCCCACCUGGAAGUCCAGACCGAGGUAAAUGUUUCUGAUUAUAUAAUUUCCACUUGCACAGCUAACUUUCCUGUUUUCACUUCACACGACAUAAAAACAAGGAUACGCUUUUUUUUUAACCGCCUAUUAAAUGUAAAGUUUUUCUCAAAACGUUCUCCAAGUGGGGAACCAGCUUCUUAUAGAAAGCACACAUCAGUGCAAACCUUUUCACUGAGCCACAGCACAGAGCACUGCUGUGUAACGAUGUGCUCUAACUCUGAUGGUCAAAGCUGUAAAAUCAAGUUACACAUGAGGGUUAUCUUCAGUUUACACACAGUAUAAAAGCUCAGGAAGCUUUGAGCUGAUGCACAGGAAUGCACUGUGAGGCUGCAGACUAAGAGAAGAUAACGCAGACUGGAAGCUCGUCCGUUUGUUCAGAUGAGGUGAAACUAGAGCUCGUUGGCCACAGAGACGCUGCUUAUGUUUGGAGGAAGAACAGAGAAGCGUACAACCCAGUUGUAUUCCCAGUUCUCAUCUGGUUCCUAACACCUCUUUAUUUUUAUGUUGUAUUUUUGUUUAUUUUUGUUUAAGCUAUGACACCAGUCUGUCCAGGGCUAACACACACAGACGGACAAUCGCACUCACAUUCACACACACAAUUAACCUAACCCCACUAACGGCAUGACUCUGGACUCUCUGGGUGCUCCCACAGAGGAACAUGUCACCUCCACACAGAAAGGUCCUGCGUGGGGUUCAAAACCAGGCUUUUGUUGCUGCGAGGCAACAGUGAGAACCACUGCAGGAUGAUGACAGAGCGACUAAAACAGAUGAAUAUUUGCUGGCUGGUGGUGUCGUGUGGCUUUAACAGUAUUACUGCUGAGCUGUGCUGUAGUGCUUUUGGUUCUAUCGCCUGGCGUCACUGCCAGCACUGCUUCUAGUUGGUUUUCCUCUCCGUACUCCAAGGACCAAUCACUGGUAGUCGUGCAUACUUUUCCUCUGCAGGACAUCUACAAGUCACGGGUCAGCACCGAGGUCAACCAUCGUCCCACCCACUCUGUUUGCAGAUGCGUAUUUACACAGGUCUAUUGGAGGGAACAGUAAAUAAGCGCAGCGUCAUGGUGGGGGUAAAAUGAGGACGUUGUUAACUAGCUUAACUCAUCCUGGCCUUGAAUGAUGGAGCCAGGAUAAAAAGAUAAACAGAGCAAACAGCUAGUGCAGUGUUACCUGGAACUGCUACUUUCUUCUGUGGUUUUUGAGUCGUCUCCUUUUGCACAUUUGUGCUCGUAUAUCUCAAAAACCAUUAACGAUGAAAGCCUGAAAUGAUCACGGACUUGCUUUAGUUUGCAUUUUUGUGAAAUAUAAUUAAACGCCAUUCAGAAAUUGUCAGUAACUAUCUUUUGCAAUGUGAUUUUUUUAUUAGUUUGUGCUUGAAUACAGGUCUUUGCAGGACAGGAUACAAAGGAAGAUGAGAUGUACGUCACGUGAUGAACUCGGACCCUGCGAUGUGGUUUAACCACAGUUUGUGUGCAGCUAAACGCCGUCCCCAGAGGCUUUUAAACCUGUAAAAUCAGAACCUGCAAAGCUGACAGGUUGCAGAUGUCAGACGUGCUUCUUUCUUCCUUGUGUUUUCUGUAUGGAGAUGUAGGCCAACACAGACACAGAGUUUACUGACAUCAGUGAUGUGGAGAAGCACAGGAAGGGGAUGAGUAGGCUCUACUUCCUAAGGAAGUUAAGAUCCUUCAGUGUGUGCACCAAAAUGAUGAGAGCUGGUACCCUCCACCCUGUGGUGGAGAGAACGUGACCGUGACAGUGUUGUUCCAUGACGGAUACUGGACAUACUGGACAUACUGGACAGGCAGCAGAGCUCCUUUUCAAACAGACCGGUUCAGUUUUGCUGCCUCAAACACAGAGACAGAAAACCUUCACGUCUCAUGCUGCCACCUUCUAUAAUCCAAUAUAUCUGCCACAGAGAUCAGCAUGUGACCUGUUACCACCUACAACACAAUCUAAAUCACAUCGAGGUGACAGUAACCGUUAUUCGCCAUUAUAAACAAAGUGGAGUUAUUACGAUGAUUUCAGCUACUGUCAGUGCGUCCUGUUUUAUUUUCAUUUUGCUGCGUGUGUCUGAUGUAAGUCCCAGAGACGGUCAUUUCUGAGCUUUCCCAUAAGACCUUAAGUCCUUUCUUUCAUUGUUGUUGUUGCUUCUUUAAUCAUCUUUUAACUUUCUGAGCUUUCGCUGAUGUUAAAAUAAAGCGACUCAUAUGAAGCACUCACAUCAGUCUAUUGGCUGAUAUCACCAGAUGCUGGUGCAUCCCUGCUGAAAAUGAAUUUAGUCAUUUUUCUUUAUUUAAAUAAGGAUUAUGGUCUCGGCUAUUCUUCUUGGCCUUCGGUUGUUCGACAGCCACACGAAACUUUGCAAGGUGACACAAGAAGCCAAAAUAUCUGGUUAGUAACUCUUUCUCUUAUUUGCUCAAACAAUAUUUUUUAUGGUUAUCUGUGAGUUAAAGGGAUUAACAAGAAACAGGGUUUUAUAAAUGUUUACAAGUAUAGAUUCAUCUGGCU